CUCAAGCUGUUCACGAGCGCUGCCUCUUUUCUGACCUGUACUGGGUGAGCAACAUGCAGACGCUGGUCGGCACGUGGGUGCUUAUGCUCGGCGUAUUCUGUGGCCAGAAUGAAGCGACGCUGCUGCCCAUCUUGGCUGCAAUUAAAGGCACGCUGCUGAACGCGAACCGAGGGGACACUCAAGGCAUCCGAAGCUUUAUGAAUGAUGGCUUUCAUGGACAAACGGAAACGCGGCUGUUUCAGGCGAGCUUCAGUGACGACAGUGACAGCGGCGUUGGUGCGCAGAUCCUGCGCCAGGAGGCGCCACUGAUCCACGAGAUCGAGAUGCGGAUAAGCGAAGGGCUCGAAGCGGAGCGCAACCUGACGUCCCUCCGCGAAGAGAUCCGCCGUGAGCUAGCGGAAGCCGAAAGCUCUGGAGGAUUGGGAGACGGCCAACGUGCCCAAAUGGAAAACAGAAUCUGGCAGCUCGACAAGCGCCUCGGUCAGCUGCGGCAAAAGAACCUCGAAGUGGAGAGACGGUUUCUCGACGUCAUCGGUGGCAUCAGGUCGGGAACGAUACGGAACCGGUGGCAGGCGCACAACAUGCUGGGCGGCAUUGCACAAUUCUACACCAACGUGGUGAUGAGCUACGUCAACACCUCCGUGUCGCUGGCCAUGGGAAUCGUCAACUUCUGGACGGGCCUCUUCGGGAAGAUAACGGGAAUGGUCGGCGGGUCGUCGAUGCGCUUAUUCAAGAUGCCGCGUGUGGAGGCAGGACGCAGCUUUGUUGCAGGCCCUUAGGUACACCUGCUUGUACGAAAUA